CACCGUAUCCGCGAUGAACCGCUGGAGCCCGGGACGUGGGUUCUCGUUCACGAGACCUGGUUGGACAAUCAACACGGUAACAAGGGGGCUUUGCGCUGGGCCGGUCCAUAUGUGAUCGUACAGCGUCAUCCCUCUGGCUCCUAUUCACUGCGCGAACUUGAUGGUACCCUGCUGAAAGAAUCUGUCUCAGGCUCCCGGCUCAAACUCUUCUACUUCCGUGAUCAUGACCAGUCGAUGACCGCCGCCGCUGCCGCGGACGUCAGCGUUGUAGCGGCACCCGACACCAGCGCCCGAGUCCGGUUCUGCGGUACACAAAUCGACGGUCGUACGUUGAACGAGAGCCUCAAAAGCAACGACGACGGCGGCUUCGACGUCACCUGGGUUCUGGAGGACCAUGUAGUGGACAAGGCCUGUACCCGCGAGCGUCACCGAACGAACAUCGACGAAAUUCUGCGCGCGCAGUCGGCAGUUUUGCCCUGGCCCACGCGCUGA